CUUUGAGUCUGUUUGCUUCUAAUUUCACUUGAUUGACACGUUUCAAUUAUGAAAGUUGGUACUCGUUAAGGUGUUGUCAAACUCCUAAUACUUGUGAAACACGUAAUUCAAGCUCCAUUUGUCGAUGCCUUCAAAAGAAAGUUGAAUCAACUGAGAGACCACCACUGUCAAGAAUAACGCAGACCAUCUAGCCUCCUGUCUCUUUCAAAAUGAAACCGAUUGUAGAGCAAAGCAACAUAUAUGUAGGUAACGGACUAUAUGGAAAUCAAAAGCGAUAAACGGUUAUGUUCUCAGUAUUCAGGAUGGACAGUAAGUUCGUAUAAAUAGGCGAAAAACUGCAUAAAUUUGGCAGUCCAUGUGUACAUCGUAAUCAUACUGACUUUGUUUAUUUAAUUACUGAAAAUUGGCUACCAUGACAACAAACUCGAUCUCAAUAACAAAAAUUAGCGUCGCUACGUCAAGUUCAGGGAAUACCACUAUCCCUUGCCAACGUCCUAUGGAUGAAAAUAGGAAGUCACUGAAUGAUACAUGUACAGAAAAUUGCGAAAUGAGUAACAAUUCUACAGAUAUCACACUUGGAUCUCAAACAUCAGAUUACUAUCGAACAGAUAAAAGAUUGCCAUAUCGCUUUAACAAUCCCGAUAAGUUUGGGGGUUAUGAUGGCCCGAAAUUAAACCCACUGUAUAGAACAACCAAUUCAGAAUAUGGUAGGCUUAAACCAAACGUACAUACGAUGAAUGUUGUCUAUUACAACAAAAAUCAGGAAUUUUCCAAGCGUUACAUGAAAGCUGGCAAUUACAGGAAUCACUCCUUGAAUACUGCAAUCGAUCAUAAAUAUUCAUAAUAUUAUGAAUGUAUAUGUUCAUAGUAAUCACUAUGCCAUUGAUUCAGAAAGUCAAGAUAAACCAUAAGAUGUGGACCAAUUUGUUGGGCUUAUUUCAGUUAUCAGCCCUUUGCGUAUAUUGUUACCUACGAAAAGUGUAUGUAUUCUACUCAAAAUACAAUUCACUUGUGAAUUCAUGAUUUAGAUGUUCUUAUUAGUCUUGUAGUUUAGCUAACUGGCUUAAGAUUCAAGGUUUAAAGCAAAGUAUGUGAAGUUACUGUAAGAGUACUGAAAGUUAUCCUACGACCAAGGUGGAAGAUUGAUACCUGCGUACUAAGAUUCACAUUUAUCAAGACAAAAGUAGACAACAUUUAAUAAGGUCAUCGUUGACUGUUUGCAGAUUUGUACAAAAAUAUCGAGCAUACGUGCCAAACACUAAGGACAAAUUUUUUGACCAUCUCCUUAGAGGAAUGGAUAGUCAAAGGGGAAUUUUUCGUUGCUAUUGCUUGGUAACAUUGUGUAACAUCCUACCAAGGCUCAGUGAAGACAUCUGAAUCCUUCUUUGUAAAGUUAAAAAUAUUUGGGGAAAGCUGGGGUUUAUAAGGAGUGACCAAACUAAGUGUCAUCAUUCAAAAACUAAGAAUUCCCGAGUUUUAAUCCCAAAGAAAUCUUUAAAAGAACGUAUGUCAAAACUUACUAGUUACUAUACAGAAUGAACGAAAUGUCUGUUUUUAUAUGAACGAGAUAAAGCCCUGUGAUAUUCUUGAGUUGCAUGGAGAUAUUUCUACUUUCUUCCUAGUGACAAAACCUAAUGUUAUCUUGUAUUCAAGGCAGACACGGUCUUGAGAAUUGUUACCCACUGUUUAACCAAAGCAGGAACAAUCAACAAGGUAGAAUAACACGAACUCAUUGCAUUUCGUGGUUUCUCAUCAGCUGUUUACAAUCUAGACAUAAUAGCAUCAAUCUUUAAAAGUCAGUGUACAUACUUUAUAUCGUAACAUGGGAAGAGUUUCCAUCAAUCUUGAUUGGUGAAAAGGGUAACAAGUACGAAAGAACGAUAUAGGAUUUUCAUUUGUUAAUCGAUGUGAGUAUUUAUAGGUUGAAUGUGAGAAUAUUCUAGAAUAAACAACUAAAAACAAAACCACUUGGAAAUAAU